AGAGGUGCCAGAGAUGAAGAAGCUGUUCCACAAGUUUAACGCCUACAUGAAGGAGGAGGAGCUCCAGAGCGACCAGGUGUUCGUCAACCACACCAUCGGCCUGAUCAAACAGCUGGACGAUCUCAUCAGUCUGUUGCCCGACCCCGGGAACUUCACCCUCCUCGCCACCAGCUUCUGCUCCUUCCACGUUCGCAUCAAACCCUCCGUGGGGACCAAAUACUUCGAGCCGUUUCGAGACAAGUUCCACUUGUUUCUCAGACACUACCCUGGCCUUGAGGCAGACGACGAAGACAUCGAACUGUGGACGGAGUUCUUCAACGUCAUCUGCCAGAUCGUCAAGUCUGAGGAGGCCAAGGUGCCUCCCUCGGAGAAGGUCUCGGACAAGGGAUGUUGCGUCACAUUGUGACCGUCAGUUGGGGGAGACGGGAUGGGGCUUGAACGUGCAUGGGAUUGCUUUAUGGGAACUGACGAUGGGAAACUGGCGCUGGGAAACUGAUGCUGGGAAACUGACGAUGGGAAACUGGCGCUGGGAAAUGGCUGGGAAAUGAAAGUUUUUACCACUGCCGACCGGGACUGCGUGACGUGAAACAUGGGAGAAAUCGAAAUGUUACCGACACCAUCAGAGUUCUGACGUUGGUCAGGUACCUGCUUGAUAUUUUAUUGUGCUGGUUUCAAGGUGACCUAACUAAGGUCUAGCUCUCGGAGCUCAGCUGUAUACAGAUCACCUAACUGGUUAGCUCUCGGAGCUUAGCUGUAUGCUAAUCACCUAAUUCUUGUCUAGCUCUCGGAGCUGAGCUGUCUGAUGUAACUGUUAUUUAAAGACGAUAUUUCUCGCUUUACUGCAAGAAACGUGAUGGUCUCAGAUAAAUGUGUAGUAAUGUAAUGUUAUUUUACAGGGUGUGUAGCUACUGUCUGAGUGUGUUGGUUUGUGAAUGCCCUGAUACCUCACAGU